AUGGAUGCUGCAAGAUCCGGAAUCGAAGAGGUUACAUACUCAGAUAUGAUCAGCCACUUACCUAACGAUUUGCUUUUCCGUAUACUCUCACUAAUCCCGGUAAGCGAUGCAAUGUCCACUAGUCAACUGUCUAAACGAUGGAGACCUGUGUGGAAGAUGUUACCAACGCUUGUAUAUGAUGAAAACUCUUGUCCCAACAUUGGUUCCCUUGGAGGAUUUGUCCAAUUCUGUGGCAGGUCAUUGCAUUUACAUGAAGCUCCACUUGUCAAAACCCUAAAUCUCAAACUUAGGAAACACUCUGAUUCCUUAGAUUCUCUGUUAUUCCCGAUGAUUCAUUCCACUCUCCUUGAGAUCUCAAUCAGUUCUACUACUUAUCCUUGUUAUUACAGUCAUAUCAGUUUCACAAACAACCUUGAUGUCUUUCAGACACUAGUUGUCUUGAAACUCCAAGGUCAUAUUCUUCUUGAUGUUGUUGAAUCUCCCGUUUGCUUCCGGUCACUGAAAAGUUUGUACCUCAAAUGCGUUAAAUUCGAGUGCGAGGAUUCUUUCUCCAGGCUUCUAUCGUCUUGUCCUGUUCUUGAAGAACUCUUCAUCCAAAGACUUUGCAGUGUAGGCCGUUUUGUGUUCUCCAUAUCAGUCCCUACACUACAGAGAUUAUCCUUCACUAAAGAACAGGGCUAUUAUUGUAACGAUGACGCGAUUGUCGAGGUUAUUGCUCCUUUACUGAAGUACUUAAAGAUCUUCGAUCGCGUAGGUAGUUUCAAUCUUGUCGAGGAUAUAUCUAAGUUGGUGGAGGCAAGUGUUAAAGUUAACCUCUCAAAAAAUGAGAAACUUCCUAAAGUUCUUACUUCAGUCGAACAUCUUUCGCUAGAUUUAUAUCCUUCAAUGGUUUUUCACCUUACAGAUAGAUUCAUCUCCAAGCAACUUCUUCAUUUGGAAAUAGACAUUUACGACAACUUUAGGUCGAAUCUACUUAUGAGUUUGCUAAGAGAUUUACCUUGUUUACGAGCUCUCAAGCUCAACCACCAACAUCCCAACUAUACUGUCGAGGAUCAACCGUGUUCAGUCUCUGAACCUAGCUCGGUUCCUGAAUGCUUGAGCUUCCAUCUCGAGACUAUUCAAUGGAUAGGCUACGCAGGAUCAUAUGAAGAGAUAAAAGCUGCGGUUUACGUUCUUGAAAACGCUAGUUGUUUGAAGAAGGCUACAAUCUCUCUGCAUUCAAGGGACACAGAGAAUGAUCAGUUGAUGAUUAAAGAGUUGGAAUCUAUGCCAAAGGCUUCAACCAUGUGUCAGCUUUUAAUUAAAUUUUAGAACUUCCUCACAGAUUUUGUGGCAUAUCUUGGAUUUGAACUUUAG